GCGGGGCCGGUGGCUUUCUGCCCCCCCGGGGGCGGUCCCGGGGCGGGGCCAGGGCGGCAGUUGGGGCUUUGGUAACCGGGGGUUGCUCAGACUUGCUCGGGACUUCCCCGGACGUGCCGGUGCGCUCCGCCGCCCCGGGCACCGACGGGCACCGGAGGAGGCCAUGCCGCCGCCGCCGCUGCUGCCGCUGCUGCCGCUGCUGCUGCUGCUGCUGUGCCCGCGCCUGCCCCGCGCCGAUCCGCUCUCCUACCCCGCCGUGAUUUCCCCCCAAGACCCCACCCUGCUGAUCGGCUCCUCGCUGGUCGCCACGUGCACGGUCAGCCCGGACUUUCCGCUGAAAGCCGAGGACCUGUACUGGACGCUGAACGGGCGGCGCCUCCCGGCCGCCUCCUACUCCGCCCUGGGGCCCUCCACGCUCAGCGUGGCCCUCGCUCGCCUCAACGGCUCCAGGCAGCAGUCGGGGGACAACCUGGUGUGUCACAGCAGAGACGGUGGCAUCUUGGCCGGCUCCUGCCUUUACGUUGGAUUACCCCCAGAAAAACCAGUCAACAUCACUUGCUGGUCCAAAAACAUGAAGGACCUGACCUGCAAGUGGGCGCCGGGGACAGAAGGAGAGACCUUCCUGCACACCAACUACACCCUCAAGUACAAGCGCAGGUGGUACGGCCAGGACAACACCUGCCAGGAAUACCACACGGCUGGAACCUACUCGUGCCACAUCCCCAAGGACCUGGCUCUGUUCACGCCCUACGAGAUCUGGGUGGAGGCGUCCAACCGCCUGGGGGUGGCCGUGUCCGACGUGGUCAUGCUGGACAUCCUGGACGUGGUCACCACGGACCCGCCGUCGGACGUGCACGUCAGCAGGGUGGGCGACCUGGAGGACCAGCUGAGCGUGCGCUGGAGCUCGCCGCCGGCCCUCAAGGAUUUCCUCUUCCAAGCCAAGUACCAGAUCCAAUACCGGGUAGAGGACAGCACCGAGUGGAAGGUGGUGGAUGAUGUGGGCAACCAGACCUCGUGUCGCCUGGCCGGCCUGCGCCCCGGCACCGUUUACUUCGUCCAGGUGCGCUGUAAUCCCUUCAGCAUCUACGGCUCCAAAAAAGCCGGGAUCUGGAGCGACUGGAGCAACCCCACGGCCGCCUCCACCCCGCGCAGCGAGCGAGUGGCGGGGGGCUGCGACCCCAAAGGCGGGGAGCAGAACACGACGCUGCGGCGGGAGCUGAAGCAGUUUUUCGGGUGGGUGAAGAAACACGCCUACGGCUGCUCCAACCUCGGCAUCAAACUCUACGACCAGUGGCGCGUGUGGCUGCAGAAAUCGCACAAAACACGCAACCAGGUAGGGAUGCUGGGGGGUGACGCCGACCCCGGGGCGACGCGGGGCUCUGCUCCUCUCCGCAGGUUCUUCCCGGCGAUAAGUUGUAGCCCGCGGGGGACCGAGCGCCGGCAGGAUGGGACGGGGCGCCCGGCGCCCACCCGGGACCGCCCGCGCCCGCCCCGGCCCCGCCGCGGGGGCGUUGGGAGGCGGCCGGGGCGCAGCGCGGCCCCGCAGCCCUGGGGGAUGGGGUGGGCUGAGCUUGGGGGGCCGGGCUGGCCCAGCCCCGGGGGCUCUGUGGGACAGAGCAGCGAGGGGACCCCCCAUCCCUGCCCGGCCGGGGGGGGCACGGGGGCUCUGCUCCGCCAGCCGGAGCAGCCUCUGGGAUGAAAGGGGCGGCGGGGGCUUCCCGGGUGACCCCCACCCUCGCCGCAGUUCCCCCCCGGGAAGCGAUUUUGGCCGUUUUCUCGCCGGGGUCCCACGUGCGAGUGCGCGGAGGGGGGGACCGUCCCCGGGGAGCCACGCGGGCUGAUUGGAGGCUGCUGGGGUUUGCCCAGUGCCUGCUCCGGUUUUGAUUCAAACCAGCCUUAUUUUGGUUCCAUUUCAGUCAAUUAGGAACAGAUUUAAGCUUAAUGCCAAUAAACCUCUGAAACCCCA